AUGCAAGAAUAUCAAGAAGGAAAUGUGUCUCACAAGGAGUUUAUUUUAAUGGGGUUUUCAGGGCUUAAAGGGCACAGACAAUUCCUUUUCAUCCCUUUCCUACUGCUUUUCCUGUUGUCAUUGUUUGGUAACUCACUUCUUAUUAUCUCUAUUAAAACACGAAGGACUUUACAUUCUCCCAUGUAUAUGUUCAUAUGUGCUACAGCAUGUGUAGACCUGACUUUACCCAUUUUAUUUGUCCCUAAAAUGCUACUUGGUUUUUUGUUUGACUGGAAUAAAAUUUCUCUGCUAGGCUGUUUGGUUCAAAUGUUCUUUGUUCAUUUUUUCGGUUCGUUCCAAUCCACUGUUCUCCUCUGGAUGGCUCUGGAUCGUUAUGUCGCCAUAUGUAUUCCACUGCGCUAUAAUGACUACAUAAAUAGCUCUGCUUUCUUCAAACUAUCUGCCAUAGCUCUUCUGAGAAAUGGGUCUUUGGUUCUGGUUGUUGUUAUUCUAGCUGGUUCACUUUCAUUUUGCUUGACGAAUGUCAUUGAUCAUUGCUUUUGUGAGCACAUGGCUCUUGUAAGUUUGGCUUGUGGAAACACAGCCAGGAACAGUGUAAUGGGGCUGCUUGCAGUAUUCUGUGUAGCCAUUGUUGAUGGUGUGUUCAUCGCCAUUUCAUACAUCAAAAUUUUCUUGGCUGUUUCAAAUACAGCCUCAGGAAAAUCCCGCCAGAAAGCAAUCCACACUUGUGGAACUCAAUUAAUGGUCAUAAGCGUGUCUUAUAUCUUUGCCAUGACAGCAUUUCUUGCAUACAGGAUUAAGAACUCCCUCCAUCCUGAUGUUCAUGUCCUAAUAAGUAUCAUGUAUCUUCUCUUCCCCAGCUGUUUCCAUCCAAUUAUUUACGGUAUCAGAACAAAAGAGAUAAGAGAACAGAUGCUGAAUAUACUUCAUUAUGGAAAAAUUGUACCUAUCUCUGUUGAACCUUAA